GAACCCAGGAUGUGUCCAAUCUGGAGGUUCCUGGUCCUCCUCAGCUUGCUGUCCAUGCCCUCAGCACUGCACAAGCAGCCCUGGCGUGGCUUGGCCAAGGCCCACAUGGACAGCAAACCAGCUCUAGCGAGAAUUAUCGCCCAGGGCCUCAUGAAGCACAAUGCAGAGGGCCGAAUCCAGAACCUCCGCCUCAUGGACAGUCUGAAUGCCUCGGGGCAGAUGGCCCCAGGGAUGGUGGGGUGGCUAAUAAGCGGCAUGAGCCUCCAACAACAGCAAGAAAGCAGCGCCAACAUCACCAACAUUCAGCUAGACUAUGGUGGGAUCCGGAUGUCUUUCCGUAAGGAGUGGUUCUCAGCAAACAUCUUACUUGAAUUUGACAUUGACUUGAGACUGCCCUUCAAUAACAAGGUUAUAAAGACGCAUGCGUGCAUGAACCUCGUUGUCGAGUUCUGGCUGGAGAAAGACGAGUUUGGCCGGAGGCAUCUGGUGAUAGGCAAUUGUUCUGUGGAGCCGAGCAGCACCUACAUGACAGUCCUAACCAAAGAUAUCUCACCAAAGAUGAAACAUUUUCUCCGCAACUUCAGGGGGAACCUGGCAAAAGUUACUCCACACCUGGUGGAAAGUCAGGUGUGUCCUCUGAUCAGUGAAAUCCUCAGACAGCUGGACGUGAAACUGCUGAAGAGCCUCAUGGAACAGGCUGCCGCCCAUAAAUUCAACCACCUGUGAGUCCAGCCACCGUCCGCAGGCCGACCUGAGCGUCCUCCGCUGCCUACUGAUC